UCUGCCCCAGACUCCGCACAGGCACACACUCCUCAGACAGGAAGGUAAGUGACUCAGGGUCAAAAUGACCGAGCGCUACGACUGCCACUACUGCAAGGAGUCCCUGUUUGGGAAGAAGUAUGUUCUGAGAGAGGAGAAUCCUUACUGUGUGAAAUGUUACGAGAGCCUCUACUCAAACACCUGCGAGGAGUGCAAGAAGCCCAUUGGCUGCAACACCAGGGACCUGUCGUACAAGGACCGUCACUGGCAUGAGGAGUGUUUCAUGUGCUUCCAGUGCAAGCGCUCGCUGGUGGACAAGCCCUUCUCCACCAAGGAUGAAAAGCUCCUCUGCACUGAGUGCUACUCCAAUGAGUAUUCCUCAAAGUGCCAUCAGUGCAAGAAAACCAUCAUGCCGGGCUCCAGGAAGAUGGAGCACAAGGGGAACAGCUGGCACGAGACCUGCUUCACCUGCCAGAGAUGCCAGCAGCCCAUCGGCACCAAGAGCUUCAUCCCAAAGGACAACAGCAACUUCUGCGUGCCCUGCUACGAGAAGCAGUUUGCCAUGCAGUGUGUGCACUGCAAGAAGCCAAUCACCACUGGCGGAGUGACCUACCGUGACCAGCCCUGGCACAAGGACUGCUUCCUGUGCACCAGCUGCAAGCAGCAGCUGUCUGGCCAGAGGUUUACCUCUCGAGAUGACUUUGCCUAUUGUCUCAAUUGCUUCUGCAACCUUUAUGCCAAGAAGUGUGCCUCCUGCACCACCCCCAUUAGCGGCCUCGGAGGCAGCAAGUACAUUUCCUUCGAGGAGCGCCAGUGGCACAAUGACUGCUUCAACUGUAAGAAGUGCUCCGUGUCCCUGGUUGGCCGUGGCUUCCUCACUGAGCGCGAUGAUAUCCUGUGCCCAGAGUGCGGCAAGGACAUCUAAUGUGGUCUGAGGGCGACGAUCGAUUGGUUACGAUAGAGGAAUGACAGAUACAAUACAUACGAUCAGAGCACAGAGCAUAGCAUCUUUACAACCUAGCAUUACUAUGAAUGUAUAUUGUUAAAUGCCAUGAAAUUCAAACUACUAACAGGGUUACUUAGAAAGUUUAUUUAAGUUAAAUGUUCACUCUUUGAGAAAACUUAUCACUGCUAAAAAUAACUGUUGGCAUUAAUGUGAAGACCUUUGCUUAUGAAACAGAAACAUGUUUGCAGACACUGAAGCAUUUUAAUGUAGGCUAUCCGCUUUGAAGUGUAAUAAUUAUUAUUGCUUUGUGCAUGAACUAGUUUGAUGUGAAUGAGUUCUGCUAUU